GUCACAAGGACAGGUGGUGCCUUCAGGAGCUGAUGUGAAUAUGGACAUUCAAUUGCAACCCUUAUACUUCCAUUAUAUUUUCGGGGGAUUUAUUGAAAUCUCUUAAGUCGUGUAAAGAUCUAACACACAGCAUUAAGGUUAAAACAGGUUUAAACAGAUCCAGAGUUGCCUAAAGUAUUGUAUAGUCCACACGCAUAGCACGAGUGGCGGUGUCAGAAGGAGGGAAUUACGAGGAGCCCUGGAAGGCAGCAGCAGAAACAGUGUCUGACUGUUCCGUGUUAUUUUUUACACGUUUGUCUCGUAAUGGACUCACAGCCUCCUCCAAAGCCGUGGGAGAGACGGGUUCCAGGGAUGAUGUCUGCGCCUGUAAACUACAGGUCUGCAGACUUCGGACGAACCUUAGGGCCCCCCAUUUCUUCCGGCCCUCCUAUCCUGACCAGGAUGGUUCCCCCAGUGCCUCCUCGUCCUGUCCAGCAUCCCGUCCAACAGUCCUACCGUCCAUCCUACAGCCCCUUUACCUCAUCUUACAGCCCCUAUGGGAGCUCCAUGUACAGUGGCUACAGCCCCUACAGCUACGGGGGUGGUGGUGGCGGUUAUGGCCAGGGAGGUUACAGUCGCCUCUCCCACCAAGAAGACGUUGCCCCCAGCAGGUUUGUGCAGCAGGCAGAGGAGAGCAGCCGCGGUGCCUUUCAGUCCAUCGAGAGCAUCGUUCAGGCCUUUGGCUCAGUUAGCAUGAUGAUGGAAGCCACCUUCUCUGCCGUGUAUAACAGUUUCCGUGCCGUGUUGGACGUAGCCAACCACCUAACGCGGCUACGUAGUCACCUCACCCGAGUCUUGUCAGCCUUUGCUCUGGUGCGAACAUUGCGUUACCUCUACCGGCGGAUACAGAGGCUGCUGGGGCGGAGGUCAAAUGCAGAAGUUGAGGACUUAUGGGCCGACAGUGCUACUGAUGCCCUAGCUACAAAUGCAGCCCCAGGGCUUGGAGCAGGGAUGGACGAACAGACUGUCAAAUCGUGGCCAAUCUUCCUGUUCUUUGCUGUGGUUCUGGGUGGACCUUACCUCAUCUGGAAACUGCUAAGCUCCAGCCCUACCCCUGAAGAAAAUGCCACGGACUGGGCCAGUGGAGAGGAUGACCAUGUGGUGGCCAGAGCAGAAUACGACUUCACUGCUGCGUCUGAGGAGGAGAUUUCUGUUCGGGCAGGGGACAUGGUCAACCUCGCCCCUAAAGAGCAACAGCCCAGGGUGCGCGGCUGGCUGCUAGCCAGUGUGGACAGUCAGACCACAGGGCUCGUCCCAGCCAACUACGUUAAGGUACUUGGUAAGAGGAGAGGCCGUAAGCACGCAGAGAUGGAGAGGCUUUCUCAGAUCCAGCAAGCAAACACGCAUGCCUCCCAGGCGGCUUUGUCUUCACACCCACAACCAAAUCUCGCCCAAGGCUUCACCCCAGGCCCUGGGUCAGCCUCCACCUUGCCUUCCUCAGAGGAGCUGCUAGAGUCAGUGUACAGUGAAGCACCAGCUGCCUCCAGUGUGCCCUCCUGCACAGUGCUAAAUAUUAAUGAGACGAUAGACUUGUGAGGUUUACGCAUAUGUACAUACCGCUACAUGUAGGUCUGUGUGGGUGCAUAGCAUUCAUCUGCUCAGUCUGUACUUGUUAGAAACGUUGAACUAAUAAUCAUCUGACAUUAGAUUAUUGGAAAAACAUCAUGGACCUCACCAAGAUGCUCAAAGUACUUUAUAGAUUCAUCUAUGAUGAUUCAAAUAAUCUAACAUAAUCUGAGCCUUUACUAAGGUCAUUGGUCAGAAUAGGUCUCAUACAGAAUAUUAUGUCAAGAUUGUUUAGUGACAGAAAUUAUUUUAAUGUUUAAGUAAAUGAGGGGCACUGAUGUAUCACCUGUGUUUGGUUUGAUACACUAAUGAUGUAACAUUGUGUUGGAUCUGGACUUUACACUGUUUUUCUGUGAAGCAAAUGGGAUUUGAUUCAUCCAGGUUGAGGGGCUAAUUUAGUUCACAGGAUGAAAUUUGUAAAAAAAUAUUUAAUAGUAAUUUUGAAAAUAAAUAUAUUUCCAAAUGA